AGGUAUUGUACCGAGAUGAAAGUUGGAGAAUGGGAAGAGACGAUGAAGAACAUCACUCGCGCAACGAUGCAAGAUUUCUUCCUCUGGGUCUGCGAGAGGUACAGAAUCAGGUCCUGGGGCACAUCGCUGGUGUAUAUUCGCCAGUUUCAACAGCUUCAUACGACUAUAAAUGGUCGCUAUACGGACCGAAAUGACAUCAAGGAGUUAUACAAGUACCACGACCGCGUAUUGAUUCCCACCUUCGAACUGCGAGCGCCCAACAUCGAUGGCAAGCUGGUACUCAACGUAGACUCCCUAAAGGUUAUCCUCAUCUUCAAUAUAGCGUACGAUACCAGUAUCUUCCCCUCCGAGCGGCAGCGCGUCAAUUUAUCUGGAUGCUACAUGAUAAUCUGCUAUACUGGGGUCCGUCCUGCGGAGUUGGUCCACAACGAGAGAAAGCCACCAAAAAAUGGAUCGCUUGAGAAGCUUUUCGGUAGGAAAGGCGUCAUGGUAGCCGACGACGACGAUGAGGCGGACUGGGAAAAAAUGGAUGAUAUUUCCAAGAAGGUCUGCUUGUUGCUACAAAAAGAGACUAGUCUGCGAGGCCGGCCCAAAGCCCUUUGCUACGAAGAUAUCCUCAUGAUGAUUGUCCGCCACCCUGUUACAGGGCGAGGUGUUCUAGCUAUGUCGAUCAAAUUCAUCCAUCACAAAGGAUGCGACAAUAAGCCAAAACCGACUAUUUUCUUUUUUUUCCCCGCCAAAAAAGUACUCUUCUGCCCUCUCCUUCUCUUCCUCGGUCUUGCGCUGUCUGACCAUGCCUUCGACGCGCCGUCUAUUAAGGGCGCGGCUUCGGUGCUUAGUAGUGGGAUUCCAGACGGCCUGCAGUGUAUUCCGUUACGGUGGAAGGAAACCAAAAAGAAGAUCCCAUUCUUUCGCCGCGUCUCUAGUGACGGUACCCUUUCCGAAGACGAAGCUAUGCUAUAUGCUACGCUCAGGGACAACAUGGGCCGGCAGAGCCUCGAUUUGGGCUCUGAGAAGAAAUGGACGCCAAGAGCUGGACGCAGAGGCGCCGCAAAUGCUGCCAAUGGGGAUGCACCGGAUGCCGUCCGCGAUCAGAUGAUGCGACACGACCCCAGGUUUUUCACAUUCCACUGCGCCUAUUUGAACGAGAAUGCGAAGUUUGACUUCCAGAAUUGCUUCCUGGAAGAUGAAAAGGAGGACCAGUUGUUUCGUUUGUUGGCACACGUCAGCUUGACCCGAGAUCCCCGCGCCACGAGAGACAUGGUUCCCCCCGAGGUGUGGGCCAACUUGCAACCGGAUCCAGAGAUCACUGCACUUGAGGAGCGGCGAGCGGAGCUGAAGCAGGGCCAGUAUCGAUUCGACGGCCAGGAGAAUGAGACAGAGAUCCGGAAGCUCACGGAUACCAUUCGAUCGAAGAAACAACAGCGUGCGAAAAGGGUCGUGAAAGACUACCGCGAGUUCUAUUUCUAUCAUCGCCCAACCUGGGACUUCGAAAGGCAAGCAAGAGGGGAAGUGGUGGAGCAAUAUACAGAGCCGGCCAUUGAUCUUGUCAUCCCCGAGCGUGCAAGGCUGGCCAAGCUCCUCCGCAGCCAACCUGAGAAUUUAAGCAACGAGGAGAGAAUCGAGCUAAGCAUUGAGAUGGUUGACUGCUAUAUAGCUCUAUGCAGCAAGCGAGAAACCGUCAAGCGCAAACGCAUUCUGCCACCAGCUGACGACGGAUAUCCCACGUCAAAGCGCAUCAAAGCUGAGGUCGAGUUAAAGCCUAUACGCAAUUCCUUUCCUCUCCUGAUUCAUCCCAACCAGUGUUCCGAAUGCGCUGGUAAUGAGCAGCUGAUAUAUGAAGAACGGACAUUCAAGUACUGUCGGCCUACGAAAAGAAAUGAUCACUUUGAUGACCAAUAUCUGGAAGCAAUGGAGCGGACCGAACAGCGUCGAGAGCUUAUCGUAUGCUACGAGUGCAAGGAUGUGGAGCUCUAUUCUGUAGAUCACUUCCGGAAUUAUGUUCAGUUGGUUCACAGCUUUAAGCUUCGGAUAGCAGAUCAAGUUCAGAAGAGACGAGCUCAGAACCUCAAACGCAAACAAUCGAAACCAUCUAGUUAG